UAUAACUUAUGCAGGGUGCAAGGUUUGUAGAGACAAAUUUGGUACAGAAAAUGCUGAGAAAUCAGAACUAUGAUUUCCACAAAAAGAAGUUGGAUGAAAUCUAGACGGAGUAAUGAUGUUUUUGUAUGGCUAUUAGUAAAAAGGGAAGAUUUGCAUUUAAGGAUCUGCCCAUCCUGAGUAAAACAUAAUAGAUCAAGGCAUAAUCUUCUAGAUUUUAGAAAUCUGAAUAACGAAAGAGAAUUGAUGAAUAGAAUUAAUAUCUGAGUUCUCAUAUAAUUGAAAUAUAGGAGGGUAAGAACUCUUAAUUCAGAUCGAUUUGGACAGUGUAAAACUUAAGAGAGAAAGCAUAUGUAAUGGAUUUCAGAGACAUUUUAGGCUGACACUUCUCAAUGGUGUGAGAACGCUUUGGGUAAAAGACUUCAUUCGCCUUUGAGGAGGAAACAGUAGCAAAAGAUUGACGAAGAAAAUCAGGAACUACAAAAAAGACUUGAACUAACCAAACAAAUCUUAUUAGAAAAGUAACAGGAACAGAUCUCUAAAUACGAAAAGCUUCGUGAUCAUAUGACUCGUGUAUAAAAGACUUAUAAAGCUAGAUAAAAUUGAAGGGACCUAAUUCUCCCAUGACGAAUACUCAUUUUCCAUCAGUAAAGAGCAAAAGCACUACUCAUUUGAUAAACAAGCCAUUCUAAUCUGAUUCAAUUAUACAAAAUAGUAAAAUGAAUGACUUGUUAAAGUCAGAAAUCAAUAUCAGCAAAAUAUCGAAAAUAGAAUGA